UGGCCAACCAAAGGAUAGGGUUCCGCACACUUAAUUGGUCGAUCUCCUUCCUCGGCCCCCCCCCAAUUCCUCCCUCUCAUCGAACUCCACUGUGCAAGGCGUCGCCACAGCGGGCAGCUUCGAUCCGAUUUCCUACCUCGCCACCAGCAGACCAUGUCGAGCACCGUCAUGGCCUCGGCCCCUUCCUUCACGUCCACCUCCCAACAAUUCCUCUCUCGAGUCGCCCCCCCGUGCCCUAUCCGGCUGCCCACCGUCUCCGUUAUCGCCAGAGCCGCUCACGAGAACGGCGGCAAACCGCGCCUUCCCUCCCGCCUCCUUAAACGCCUGGCCCUCUCGUCGCGGCCUGCUGCGAUCGCCGCCGCCGCCGCCGCUGCGAUGGUGGCCGCCUCGCCGCUACCGGCCCUGGCUGAGCAGAUGGAGAAGGCGGCGCUCUUCGACUUCAACCUGACUCUGCCCGCGAUCGCCAUCGAGUUCCUGCUGCUGAUGGUGGCGCUGGACAAGAUCUACUUCACGCCCCUGGGCAAGUUCAUGGACGAGAGGGACGCCGCCAUCCGCGCGAAGCUGUCCGACGUGAAGGACACGUCGGGGGAGGUGAAGGAGCUGGAUGAUCAGGCGGCGGCGGUGAUGAAGGCGGCGCGGGCGGAGAUCUCGGCGGCCCUGAACCAAAUGAAGAAGGAGUCGUCGGCGGAGCUGGAGCAGAAGCUGGCGGAGGGGCGGAAGCGUGUGGAGGCGGAGCUGGCGGAGGCGCUUCAGAACUUGGAGAGGCAGAAGGAGGAGACCAUCAAGGCGCUGGACUCCCAGAUUGCGGCACUCAGCGACGAAAUCGUCAAGAAGGUCCUGCCCACCGUUUAAUCUUCUUCUUCUUCUUCUUCUUCUUCCCGGGUGCGAUGGAAAUCCUCAUCUUUGCUCUUUAACUAUUGGCUCGUCUCUCUGCUUUUGUAUUCAGAUGCAAAUUCUUAAUCUCAUGUUAUAUACUCUCAGCAGCUUCUGUUUCA